UUCUUAAAGAAAUGUUUUAUAUUGUAUCAUAAAAAGUCUUGAAUACAUAUUACAGAUCCACUGGACACAGAAUUGUCUACAAAUAGCGAGUCCACAGAAAUAAACUACACUUUAGCUGAUGAUAUCUUAGUUACCACACAAUCAGACGAUCUGAAAACAAGUCCUGAAAUAAAUACAUUAAAAGCUGAAGACAUCGACACCACAACUAUUGGUACUAUCAAUGAGAGUAUAGUUGAUAAUAAUGGCACCAAUUGUUCCGAUUGUCUGAACGCCAAGUAUUUGAAUCAUUAUUACGCCAAAGGGUGUAAACCUAUCUUUGAUGAUAAACACUGUACUGAAUGUCCGAAAAAGUUUGAUUGCAUUCAACAGAUUGACAUCGAGUUAGCAAAUAAUGAGUGUUUAUUCAAUGGAAGCAAAUACAGAAUCGGAGAACACAUACCGGUGCCUAACCCGUGUCAGGUGUGUCAGUGCGGGUUUGGCUUCACCCAUAAAGUGGACAGCAGUCCAUUCACGACAAUACAUUGCAUUUCCAGGGAGUGUCCCGAAAAUUUUGCUGUCCAUCCCUCCCCUUUGGCCGGACUCGAGAAGGACUUCGAGAGAAUACACAACUGUUAUAACGUUUACGAGUCUAACAAAUGUUGUGCUGUUUCUAAGAAAUGUGCUGACCCUUCCGAUGAGGAAAAAGUUUGCGAAUACAAUGAUAAGAGGUAUAGAAUCGGAGAGAAGAUAUACCCAAACGAAGAUAAAUGCAAAGUCUGUAUCUGUAAUGAGGGCUGGAAUUCAAGCGAAACCAUCAAUAAUAAGGGCUGUUAUGCCGUUCAAUGCAAUCUCGAGAUCGACAGACAAUUAA